UAUGUUCUCAAAGACAGUUAUUAUAUGGUCCUCGGUUGGUAUCGGUGCUGUGGUUGUGGUGUCGUUAGCGACGACUGCACUCAUGCGGAAGCGAAAGCGUGCGAAGAUCAAACGAGUUAUUGAUACGGUGCAAGAGCUCGGAAAAGCCAGCGUUCGAAUGAAGGACCCCGAUCACGUUGAAGAACUGGUCUGUAGGUUAAUAAAGGGUGGAGCCAAGAAACUGCAGGUAAUAACAGACUUUGAUAACACAAUCACGAGGUCUCACCUAAAUGGCAAGAGGUGCUGCAGUACCCACUGUGUAGUGGAAGAUGCCAGCAUUGUCCCUAAGGAGUUUCGUCUUGAGGCAAAGAAAAUUCAAGAGACGUUCUACCCCAUCGAGAUCGACCCCCACAUGUCGAUGGAAGACAAGAUCCCUUACAUGGUUGAAUGGUACAACAAGUCUCACAACAUCCUCGUGAAGAGCAGAAUCAACAAGGCAGACAUCCCCAAGAUGAUCGAGGAGUCGACUUUGAUGCUCAGGGAUGGCUGUGAAGCAUUUUUCGAGAUGUUGCACGACCACGAGGUUCCAACAUUGGUAUUCUCGGCGGGGCUUGGCGAUGUCUUGGAAGGGGCCCUUCUGCGCUCCCAGUGCAUGUACCCCAAUCUCAAGUUCUUAUCCAACUACAUGGAGUUCGAUGACCAGGGCAACGUAGUGGGUUUCAAGGGAGAGGUGAUCCACAUGUUCAACAAGAACCGCAGCCACUUGCGCAACCAGCAACACUUUGACAGGUCCAGCGUUCUGUUGCUGGGAGACUCCCUCGGAGAUCUGGACAUGCUCGCGGGAGAAGAAAACCACGAGGCAGCUCUACGCAUCGGCUUUCUCAAUGCCAAGAUCGAAGAACGCCUGCCGCAGUACAUGAACAGUUUUGAUAUCGUCCUCGUAGACGACCAGACGAUGGAUGUCGUCAACGGCAUCUUACGAAAGAUACUUUACUAGGCACCAAAAAAGAUUACGUAUUUUAUUAAUAUACUCUAGUAUAUUUA